AUGCAAUGUCUGCUCAAGAACCCACGAGUCUCGCCCGGUCGAGGUUGCGUGGUCUAUCAGGAACAUGUCGUCCAUGAGCGAUGCCGGGGGAAUUAUGUCACGUCCCUCGUCAAAAGGAGUAAUGAGGAUAACGAGAAAGAAUUUGAAAACCCCACAAAAGCAAAAGGCGUUGGCCGUCCCGGUUUCCAUUGCUUCGUCCUUCCCCUUCCACUUUCCCCUCCCUUGUCCAUCAUCAUCAUUAGUCCCUCGUUCCAAAGCACCCCUCCCAAACCCCCAAACACCUUUGCCAACACUCUGGCCUUUAUCCCUUUCCGUCUCCGGAGAGCCAUCACCAGGAUAAUGUUGCCUAUUUUGAUGCAAAGAAGAUCAACUCUGUUACAGAAUGACACCCUACUCACCACGGCAUUCCCUACUUCCACCAUGGAUGCAGUGGUCCAUCAUCCUUCGUGUCUACAAUUCCCCGUCAUCCUCACAAAUUCACUCACACAAUACAUGUUAAAAAAAAGCAAAAGGUAG